AUGGAAGUAGAACUAACUCAGGAAAUAGUUACUGAAAACGUGGUAAGUGUGACAGAAAAUUUAACCCAUCAACAGGCCAAUACCAAUGAUACAGAGUAUGAAUUGGAUCAAAGUGAAUCCUUAACAUUUUUAUACAAUUUAUUGUAUGAUGAUCAGUCUUAUUUAUCAAAGUCAGACAUUUUAAGUAUUCUUAAUUCCUUAAAGUUAAGAGAGGAAAAAUUACCCUUUUCAUUCAUAGAAAAUUCAUCGAAUGAUAAUCAAGGUGUUAGUUGGCCACCUGGUUUAAGAACGAAAUUCUUACGGGAUAGGAAAAGAAUUGGGUCAAAAAACUGGUUUCAUAAUAUCACUAAUUCUUUAGAAUUGUCAAAGAAAAGUAUCAAUAUCAAAAGAUUUGACUCGUUAACGGAAUUUUACAAAUAUGAUAAAUUUUACAGCAAAUUAAAACUUCAUAUCACUCAUUUCCAAUUAAGAAAUUUAGUUUGUUGUUCUGAUUUUGGAAAGGGAAUAUUUUAUCCUCUGAGUUAUGAUCAUGAUUUUAAUUUACAGACGGUCAAUUAUGAAAGUCUGAACGAAAGUGUUUAUUCGUUUUUCAAAAUCAACAGAUUAUUGAACAGCAAAAAUGAUGCAAAACUUGAUUGCAUUAUUGAUUCUAGGAGCUUGUUAAAGAAUCUGAAUAGUAGAAUCAGUACAUUAGCUUGUUCGAAGAAUUAUUUAGUUUCGGGAACAUUUGAAGGUGAUUAUAUUUUGAAUAGAAUUGAUUAUGAUGACAGUGAAUUAAUCGGAGAAUAUAAUUUAACUAAUAAUUAUGAUGGGAUCACCAACAGUAUAAUAAUAAAAGAAGAAGAAAACCAAUUAAUAAUAUCGUCCAAUGAUAAAUUUAUACGAUAUAUUGAUUUAUCAAAUAAUUCUAAACAACAAGUUGAAUUACCAUUUGCUGUGAAUUGCCUUGCAUUAAAUCAUCAGAAUCCAAAUGAAUAUUUCAUUUCUGGUGAUGACACAAAUCUGUACAUAAUAGAUCAAAGAAUACCGUUUGAUCUUUCCAAUAUACCGAGAUAUAAAGGUCAAGAAGAUUAUAGUUUCAGUUGUGAUUGGAGUCCAAGCAACGAGAAUUGGUUAUUGUCAGGUAAUCAAGAUGGUUGUGUUAGGAUAUGGGAUAAACGAUGGCAAGAUCCUUUAUACACAUGGAGUGGAUCUUUAGGUCUGAAAGAAUUCGAUGGGAAUAAUAAUUCAGGUCCAGUAAGAAACACCAAAUUCAGUAGAACAGGUGAAUUUAUCUGUUGGGCUGAAAGUUUGGAUCACAUCGGAAUUAUGAAUGUAAAUGAUUUUAAUAAUGACAAAGUUGAUAGAAUUCAAUCUAUUGAGUUUAUUGGGAAAUGUACUGGGGCAAAUUUUGUAUAUGAUGGAUAUAAUGAAAAUUUAAUUGUAGGAGUUAAUGAUUGUCCAUUAGGAGGGAUAUUAAGUUACAAUUUGGAAAGUAGGGAUAAAUGCUUGGAUUUUGAUCUUAGUUUUUAA